AUCCCACCAGUUCCUCAUCCAUUUGCAACCUCUUCAUCCCCACCUUCUCAUUUUCCCUUUGUUUCAUCUGGGAAAAUGCAUCCCCUUCACCUCCCUGGGUCUUUCUUCUUCAUCAUCAUCACCUUCGUCUUGAUCCAUGCUCAUAAAUUUGCAUCCUCUGUGGAUGAACGUUAUGAGAAAUGCAACAGGACUUUCGCCUGUGGAAAGAUUAAGAACAUUGGCUAUCCUUUCUGGGGUUCAGACAGGCCGGACUACUGUGGCUUCCCGGGGUUCCAGCUGAACUGCAGAGACUCAUUCGCGGAGAUCACAAUCAUGUCAGUAAGAUACCACGUCCUUGGAAUCAAGAACGAGUUCCGGCUUCUCAACGUGGCCAGACCCGAUUAUCGAGGCGACCUCUGCUCCAUCUUCCUAUUCAACACCACUUUGGAUCCUGACGGCCUCUUUAAAUUUACUCCCGAUACUCAGGAGAUAAACCUCUAUUAUCAUUGCGCCCUUCCUCCUCUUCCUCCUCUUACUUCUCUUCCUUCAACUCCUCCAACUCCUCCAACUCCUCCAACUCCAAUACAAUGUCAAGGAGAAAUGGAUGAGUACUUGAGACAUUUUACUUGUAAUGUAAACGGAGUCACCUUCUGCGGCUAUUACCUCACUAGAAAUCUCAGUGGGUUGCCCGACUAUAUUGCGAAAAUCAGUGGCUUCUUGGGUAGUUGCGGUAAGCGGGUUGUUUUGGCCGCAAACCAAUCCGAAAUCCAGUCCAUGGAGGAACGUCCGAGUCCGAGUCCGAGUCCGAGUCCGAAGGGAGAAAAUCUGGCUAAAGCUCUUGCAAAAGGAUUUGGGCUGCAGUGGAAUGCAAGUAAUAGCUUGUGUGAUCGGUGCAGAGGCUCCGGCGGGCAGUGUGGGUAUAACACGGUUUCGAAUAAAUUUUCUUGUUACUGCACAGAUCGACCCUAUGAUACCGUUUGUCCUACUCCUACAGGUCAGUUUGUUACUACUUGAUUACUACUUGUGAAAAUUGUGCAUAAAACUUGCAUCCAUCAUAGAUUUAACCUAUAAGUUUCUUACUUUUAUAUUUUAUACCCAUUCGCAUAUAGACCCAUUAUGCAAUAAAAUCUGGACUCUGCU